AUGACAUGCAGGCAUUUCCAAUCGCCCAGAUAUCCUAUUGAUGAUGAGAGAUUCUUGGUUGUCUUUGGUACACUGGACACUUUGAAAUUCUUUACGAAUACCAGGCCACUCAAUAUUAAAGGUCGAUGGUCCGAUGGUCUUCCUAGCUUUUGGUCUCCCAAAGACCCGAACGACACCUAG